CCGCCACCAACUUUAGAUCCCAUCGACCUCUAACAAAAAAAAUCCCAUCCACCCUUUGGAUCCUCCUCUAUAUUAAAGCAGCACCCGCCGCCGCCGCCGCCCACCAGUCCACCACACUCUCAGCGAAACACGCCCGAACGAGCCCAACCCCGACGCCGCGAUGAGGCCGUCCCUGCUGAAAUCCGCGUCCCAGCUCCUCCGCCGCCAGCGCGGCUACUCGUCAGCGGCCGCGGGAGCCAACCCCGAGCGGAAGGUCGCCAUCCUCGGCGCGGCCGGCGGCAUCGGACAGCCCCUCUCACUCCUCAUGAAGCUGAACCCCCUCGUCUCCUCCCUCUCCCUCUACGAUAUCGCCGGCACCCCCGGCGUCGCCGCCGACGUCUCCCACAUCAACUCGCCCGCCCUGGUAAAGGGAUUCAUGGGGGACGACCAGCUCGGGGAGGCGUUGGAGGGUUCGGACGUCGUGGUCAUCCCCGCCGGCGUGCCGAGGAAGCCCGGCAUGACCAGGGACGAUCUCUUCAACAUCAACGCCGGCAUCGUUAAGGCCCUCUGCACAGCCAUCGCUAAGCACUGCCCCAACGCUCUUGUCAAUAUGAUCAGCAACCCAGUCAAUUCGACUGUCCCGAUCGCAGCUGAGGUUUUCAAGAAGGCUGGUACUUAUGACGAGAAGAAACUGUUUGGUGUGACAACUCUUGAUGUUGUUCGUUCUAAAACUUUCUAUGCUGCAAAGGCAGGCGUGCCAGUUACUGAGGUGAAUGUUCCUGUUGUUGGGGGCCAUGCGGGUAUAACUAUCCUGCCGCUCUUCUCACAGGCCACUCCUGCAGUCAAUGCAUUGUCCCAUGAAGACAUCAAGGCUCUCACCAAGAGGACACAAGACGGUGGGACGGAGGUUGUUGAAGCAAAGGCUGGAAAGGGCUCUGCAACAUUGUCCAUGGCAUAUGCUGGUGCAGUUUUUGCAGAUGCAUGCUUGAAGGGUCUCAAUGGAGUUCCUGACAUCGUAGAGUGCUCCUUCGUGCAGUCAACUGUGACGGAGCUGCCAUUCUUUGCCUCCAAGGUAAGGCUAGGCAAGAAUGGAGUGGAGGAAGUGCUCGGGCUGGGUGAGCUCUCCGACUUCGAGAAGGAGGGGCUGGAGAACCUUAAGGGCGAGCUCAAGUCUUCCAUUGAGAAGGGUAUCAAGUUCGCUCACGGGAACUAGGCAACUCCCACGAAUUCUAACAAUUCAUAUGUGAACUCGAGGCGAUCUCUUGAAUUUUUGGUUUGACUGCCUUUUCUGCCCCCUUCUGGUGGGGGCAGUGAGGCGUUAUGCUCCAUAAUAAAAUCCGGGCGGCUUGAUGCCAACCUGAAGGAACAAAACUUGUACCAGAAACAAUUACACCGGUGCCUUUUUGUGCUCGGCCAAUAGUUCGGCGAGUCGUGACGCAAAUGGAAACAAAGUUGCCACUUGCUCGGUUCCAGAGUGUCA